UUGGCUGGUUCGAAAUGGACCGGUCUUUUUAAACGUUAACCUCUCAGCCCGACGGUUGCGUUUUAAUACUGUGAUACUGAGGAAUAGAUUAACACGAGAAGCUGUUGGAGAGACGUGAUUAUGGCCGACACGGACUCUGGGGAGACUUCUGGGCGCUACGACUUUGACGCUCCGUCUCAUGUUGUGGACUUCAAGGAGCUUUUAGAUGCAGAAACCGACGACCAUUGGUUUGACGUACAUGCUGACGGAGCAGGUCCUCAACUUCUCACCCCUGCAAGACCAGACCAGCAGUUCAUGGAGGCUGAUCGUUCUGGAGCUUAUGGGGAUAAAGUUGAGAAAGAUGUGGAAUCUGGUCAAAGCCAAGCUAAACGUGUCCCGUCAAACGAGGAGACCCAAAAAUCAGGCCAGGCGAAAAGAGAGCCUGUCAAAGAACGCAGGAUUUCAAAACGUAAAGAGGGGAGCUGCAGUACAAAUGUUCCUCCUUUAAAGAAACCAAAAGGGCUGAGUAGCUCUGAGGAGCUGGAGUUGGAACGCAUCAAGAGCCUGCAGAGGGAAGUCGCUCUGCAUCGGAGGAAAAACGAGGCCAGCUACAAAGCUGCUCUGGCUGGCAAUCCACCACCAAAGAAGAUGUUGAUGUCUGUAACUGUGCCUAAAGACUUCCGCUUCAACACAGACUCCCGCAUUAAAGCACCUGCCUCAUCAAAUGCCUCGCAGAAGGAGGUGGAUUUCAUCAGUCAGCUACGACAGCCCUCCUCCCCUGCCAAGGCGAGGAAAGGAGCCACGGUGCCCAAACCGUUCAACCUGUCAGCAGGCCACAAGAACUGUAAGGAGGGGCCUGGUGUCUAUGUUUCGAUGGCUCAGCAGAUAGAGCAGUUCCAGAAGAGGACCCCCACCCGCUACCACCUGCGCAGCCGCAGGACUCAAGAGAGAGGGCCGUCUCCGCUGAAGGGUCAGCACCUGCACCUCACCCAGCCUCACUCCCCCCAGCUGAUGACCCGAAAGAGAAGCCGCCAACCUUCUGUGAAGAGCAGUGCAGAGCUGGAGGCAGAAGAGUUGGAGAAACUUCAGAAGUUUAAAAUCAAAGCCCUGGAGCUGAACAAGAGGAUUUUGGAAGGCCCUGAGGAACUGAGGAAGCCAGCAGUGAAGGAGCCCACGGUACCUGAAGGAUUUGAGCUGGAGAUAGAGAAACGACUUCAGGAGAGACAGCUGAACAAGAAGUCGCAGGAUGAGGAGAAGCCCCCCAGUUUCAAAGCAAACCCCCUGCCCAAGAAGGUCCUGGAUGGUGUCGUGGGCUUACCUGAGAAGAAGGUAAUGUAUCCGACUGUACCAGAGUCUCCAGCAUUUGCCCUGAAGAAGAGGGUUCGUAUGGAGCGAAAGGUUGAGGAGGUAAAGCCACCCUCACCGGUCAAAGCCGUCUCCGUCCCCCACUUUGGGAUUCCAUUCCAGCCGCAGCUCCCCGAGAGCCACCAGGUGGAGGUCUGUCCCUUCUCGUUUGAGCAGAGGGACAAGGAGAGACAGGCUCUUAAGGAGAAGAGGCUGGAAGAGUUGCAAAACGAAGAGGUGCCCCACUUCAAGGCCCAGCCACUGCCAGACUUCAAUGCAGUGGUCCUCCCUGAGAAGAAGAAGCUGGAGCCCACCAAGCCCGAACCCUUCAGGCUCCACAUCGACGAGCGAGGAGCAGGCAGGCACAGGCAGUGGGAGCAGAUGGUGAAGGAGGAGCAGAAGCAGCAGGAGGAGGCGGCUACGUUCAAAGCCAGGCCCAACACAGUCACUCACAAAGAACCAUUUCGACCAAAGAAGGAGAACCGGACAUCAGUGGCGGUGGAGCCCUUCCAGUUGGCCACAGAGCGCAGAGCCCAAGAGUGGCAGGAGUACGAGCGUCUGAUUGGUGAAAAAGAGGUGCUGAGGGCGCGCAUGGAGGCAGAGCAGAGGCUGGAGGAAGAGCAGAGAGAGAGGGACGAGAUUGCCAGGCUGCGACAAGAACAAGUCCACAAAGCUCAGCCCGUCAGACACUAUAAACCUGUCGCUGUGAAGAAGAGUGACGUUCCUCUUACAGUCCCAGAGUCGCCAAACUUCUCCAAACGCUUCCGGUAACAAGCAGCAAGAUCCCUUUUACAGAAACAUCCUUAAAUGUGUUUUCAGUUUUUAACUGUUGUAAUGAGGUGCCUGAAGACCGCUUUUGUUUAUAGUUUGACUUGAUCUCAGCUUCAGCUGGCGAUUAAUUUUUCUCAUAUCUUGAGUUUCUAGUGAGUUUCUUGGCAAAAUUUGUUUUUUUUUUGUUUUUUUUAGGUUUUUAAAGGGUGGGCAUAAACUUCCACAUGUAGUACAUUCCUGUAAUAAAACUUUUAUUUGAAAUCCUAGCCUGUCACUGAAUCCAGAACACAAAACUGGCAAAAAAUUAUUUGGUGUUCCAUCUCAACAUUGAUGUUCUUGUGUGGCUUCUCACAAUUAUGCAAAUGACUACGCAUUAAACACGUGACUAUAAUUCAACCUUUACUCUCCUCAGGCUCAAAACAAACAGUGCUGAGUGCAAUUUGGCAUCAAAACAUGUUGCUGUCCAGCAACAAACCUGAGCUUGGUAACGGCCAUGCAGCUCACAUCUGCUUGUUUGUGGUGCAAAAUUCAGACUCUGGUCUCAGGUCAAGAAGCUUAAUAAAUAAAUCAAGUACUCUUCAUGUUUUGCAUAUUUCCCUAAUUUAAGAUGGCUGAUUAGUUCAACUUGUUAAUCAGUUGAACUUGUUUUCUUGAAGCAGGGAAAGAUCUAAAACAUGCAGAGCAGUGUGCCUUCAUGACUGAAGUUGGGAAAUGCAACUCUAUGAUACACAUUACUUAAAAUGUAAGAAAGCUGAAUUAAAUGCUGCUUGAAUUUAGCAGUCUGACAAUUGAAGGGUAAAAACCCUUUGAGUCUGGUGCUCUUGCUGUGGAUGCUCCUCAGCCCUUUCCCUGAGGGAAGGGGUUGGAAGACGAUGGGUGGAGUGGAAGGAAAAAGGUCCACUAGCCACAGGAAUAGCCACAACCGUGAGGAUAGUCUAGCAAAGAAUUUGCACAAGAACUAAGGGGAGCUUCACAAGGAGAAGCCUGAGGCUGCAGUAAGAACAUUAAGAGCCUCUAUGCCUGAACGAUUUGCAUUUUAUUUGGAAAUUGGAGUCUGAAGGAAGAGUAGAGAGAAUUGACGUUGCUUGAAGUUUCCAUAACCAGUGACGGUUGGGCUGCCAUCUCCUGGUUCUGGUUCUCCCAUUCAGUCGGGUUUUUUUCCCACAGACUCUAACAGGUCAAUGCCAUAGUUGCACUAACUCAGUAUAGUCUUUCUCUUUUAUGAAAACAUUGUGUGUGUACUUUAAAAACUGAUUCUGAUUUUAACUGUAAGUUGCAAUCUUACAAGAAAUAGUCUAGGGAUAUUUCACUGUGCAGUGAACCUUUACAAAUGUCCCUUUAUGAAAUAAGUGAAAAUGCUUGUUUGUAUUUUUAUUUUUUUUUGUUAAAAAUAAAUGCAUUUAAAAAAAA